AUGGUUACACAGACGUCGCAUCCACUAGGCAGCCGCGUGGGCCCCGCUCGUAGGACGCGUUCCGAAGCUUGUUUUGACAAUGAUUCUAUCGCCAUGCCAUCGACCCCAGCACCCAUCAACCAGCUCAACUGGAAGGAGACGGAGUAUGAUCCGGCGGCUUCUGUGAAAGACACUUUGCGCGAAACAGACUGGCCGAAGCUGUGCCAGCUAGCGUCAGACCUCAAUAAUGGGCUAUCCUGUAUACCGCUCAACGAAACCACCAACGGCUUGAACAACCUGGUCCGUUUACUCCAAUUCUCGGAUAUGACUCGAUGGGUUGCCCGCAUUGCUUUGCGCAGGUCAGCUGCAGACUCGGAGAAGUUACGCAGCGAGGUCCACGUCAUGCAGUUCAUUCGAGAACGAUGCAGUCUACCAGUGCCCAAAGUAUUCGCAUAUGAGGCCGAUGAACACAACCCCAUUGGUGUCCCCUUCAUACUCAUGGAGUUCCUACCAGGGAACACUGCUAUGGAUGCUGCAGGCGGAUACGAGGUAAAACUGGCUGCUCUGAGACUUCCAAAAAUCGGGACUAUUCACAGGACUCGAAGCGGUGAAUACGAGAUUGGCCCGUUUCCAGAUAUUGGCGGGCCGUUCACCACAGCAACGGCAUUCUUUGAGGCAUGGGCAGAGCAUGCUCGAUUUCCGCGCGGAAAGGACCAAAUCCUAGAGCUGAUGAAGGGAGGGCCGGCCGAACAAGUCCUUCAUGCGAUCAAUGUCUUCCCUUCUCGAUUCAAGGCGAUAGCCAGCUGGCUAUUACACAGCGACGAGGGUCCUUUCCCACUUUGCCACCCUGACUUUUUGCAUAGCAACAUCAUCGUCAACGAGAACUUCAAUGUUCUUGGUGUCAUCGACUGGGAAGGGGCAUGUACCUUGCCCCUAGAACUUCUCAGGUUCCCAAGAUUCCUAGACGCCAUGCCUCCUCAGUUCGACUCGCCCGAGAAUUACGACCAAGACGGACGGCCGGUGGAUGGCAGCCUAAGGCAGCGGUGGGAGGAACGACAGGACUAUGUGCAGAUGAUCAAAUCGAUCGAACACCAGGACAAUGCCCUCUCCGCGUGUCUUAGUAAUGAGAAAGGUUUGGCCUUGUCAUACUGCAUGACGGCUUAUCGCGAAGGAAAGUUGGGACUCUACGACAGAGUACUAGAUGAACUGGAGAGUGAUGUAGGCCGUCAGAUCAUGAUGUAG